AGCCCACAAGAGAAGCGCACUCAGAGGGAGAAAUGGAAGCACCUGCUUCCUUGGUUACUAGUACUAGAACUCAAAAGAAAUAGCCGACGAUGUCUUCAUCUAUGAGCUCCUGGUGCGGCCGAGAAUUCGUUUUCGGGCAACUUGUUCGCGCCCCCACGACCUCGCGAGCUGUCGCUUUUCGACAUCAUAUCGUGCUGCUUUGCUUGCUAGCACAGUCCGCCCAGGUGCAGCUCUGGGCCCUGCAGCACGAGAGCGAUCUGGGAGAUGAAAACACGCACACGCCGAAUCUCCGCGGUCGAGGACAAAAAAAGACUGCGCAGUUGAUUAUCGAGGAAGGUGCAGAAUUUUCCCCAUCACGAGAUGACGAUGAAAUUGUCGGUAGAAGUGGUAAAAACCCAGAGGAUCAUCGCGCACGUAGUGAAAAUAAAAUCGGGAAGAUUUUUGCAGAAGACCAGGACUCUUCUGGAGAUGAUCUUCUUGUCCGGCGGUCACUGCCUUCUGAUUCUGAACAUCGCGCAGGAGCUCUUCCUACCGCAUCAUCAUCCUCUGCGCUCCAGCUUGAGAACGAGGCAAUCAGCCACGGCGACGCCCUGGCGCCGACAGAUGUUGAUGUUGAUUCAAUUACAGAAUCAGCAAGCAACGCUAUCUCUUCAAACAUGGCCUCCAGUACUUCAAGCAGUGGAGCUGUAGUCGACCAGUCACAGAUCCUCCAGGCACUUUACGCGGUCCAGCAGCAAAACAGCCAACUGGCGACCGAGCUGCAGCAUAUGAAAGAAAGGCACACGGAGGAGAUGAACAGUUUGAGGGAAGAAGUUUUACUGGCGCAGCAGCAAGGAAGUCAGACUCGUCCCCAAGAUGAAGAUGUUGAAAACUGGCGCGAAGCCCUGUUCCACACACAGCAACACAUCCGAUUUUGCGGUGCGGUCACCUGGUCGUUGGUCCGCUUACUGCUCGCCGUCGUUUUUGGUGUCAUUGCGGCAGACAAGGCACUGGCGAUGUUGUUGCUGGUCACGGGCUAUCAAAUGCAAAAAUGUCUGGGUCUGGAAGAUUCUGAGACUUGUCAUGCACGUUUUGCAUGAGCCAUGAUGUCUGUGAUGCAUGCCCUAGCAUCUUCACAGACGUUUUGCGGGCAUCUUGAUGCCUAUUCCGCAUGACAAAUGCCCACCCGCCAGGAGUGAAAUGGUCACUACUACUACGCGUAGCAAAAACCGCACUCCCUUUGCUGCUCAUGCAAUACAGAUUUUUUUGGAAUCCAUAUGCAGCAUCACAAGUUGCAUUCUUCCAGACCCAGACACUUUUGCAUUUGAUACGGGCUAUCUGUCGGUGGUGACGGGCACCAUGCUUCCCUGGUACCUGGUGUUCUCCCCUUUUUCGAAGGUGAAACUUCUGGUAUGGUUUGCAAAGAAACGUAAAUCGUACUCGUAAAAAUGCAUUACAAACUGAAACUUUCAUCUCAGCAUGAGAAAUAGAAUCUCGAAUGCGGAUUUGCCUUAAGAAAAAGAUUUGUAAUGCAUAACUGCAAUGGCUACGAGUGCGAUACUUUUGCAGAGCAUAUCCGAUCGGCAUCGACAACCGGUUGAGUGAGGAGCUCUCGAAAGAAGAGCUCGAUGCCGAAGAGGCGGAGCAGGGGCUGCCCCACGACUUCCAUCGACGUGGAACGCUGUCGAAUUGCUGUAAGCACCAGAGCAGCCCGCAAGGCCGCAUUUUUACGGUCACGCUCACACUGUACAUGAUUUCGACCCUGCUCGCCCGGCACCCCUUCGAGUGUUACGAGUCCUUUUGCCCCUGGCGGCGGACUGAGUUCUUGGAGAUUGACCGCGGGGAUCCGGGGCUUGCGCGGUUGGCGCCCGCGGAGGAAAUUUUGCUGCGGGGCGUGUGGCUCGUGUAUCCUGAGGAAAAAUGUCCCGCCCACCCCCGAGUCGAAGUGGGGAUUUUGCAACACAAAUCAACAAGGUUUGGCUGUUGCGCAUGACAAGCUUACAUCUGUAGUAUAAUCCUCGUGGUUGGCUAGUAAAGCUACAUCACAAAUCUAGCUCCUUAUCCUGAUUACAGCGUGACAAAGGUCGCCCAGACAGCAUGAGAAAAUGCUCCUCAUGGGGCCUGCGCAUGAGACACCAUUUGGGCAAGCAAAUUUGCCUGACAACUCUGGCGUGGGGCCGUUUUUGGUCAGGAUAUCGUGGUGCCGAGCUUCUGCUUCGUACUCACGGCCGUGAUCCCCGCUGUGUAUGACGUGAUCGCGGAGCGCGAGUAUCCUGAGUAAAAACGUACCCACGCCAGAGUUAGGAUGAGGAUUUUGCAACACAAACGUAGGAGUUUUGUGAGUCACGCAUGACAAGUUGAACUCUGCAGUGUAGUGCAGGGUAGCAAGUGCAGCCGCAUCACAAAUCCAGCUGCUCAUCCUGUUCACAGCAUCACAAAUUCCAAAACACGAUUGGACAUUACAAGUCUUCCUGUCUUUGCAAAUCUGCAUUACAACUCUGGUGUGGGUACGUUUUUACUCAGGAUAGCGAGAUGGCGAAAAACAUCCGGUCCGUGUUUAUCAAAGUGAAAAAAGCCCCCACCCCAUAUCAAAACGAAGUUUCUGAUGCUGGAUUUGCGUACACAAAUCAGAUUUGUCUUGCUAGAGAGGACUGCAGGCCUAUGCUGUGCCUGAGUAGGGAAGUUUUGGCCUGGGCGCUUAGCAUGAGAAACGACUAUGCUGUAAGAACAGCAGCAUCACAAACUGCCUGCAUAACGCGGCAGAGCCUGUGGAGUUGUCUUCUUGCAAGACAGACGUAAUUUGUGGCCUCAAAUCAGCAAGACAAAUUUUCGGAAACAUACCUUUUCGAUAUGGGGAGGGGGGACUUUUCCUCUCAAUGGUUUUUGCCGAAGAGAACGUGGACCUGGUAGGACAUCGAUCGGCGACAAGAAUUCGAAACGCCAAGGCAAACACCUUCACAAACUGGCUCGGGGUGAUUCACAACUGUUCCGCUGCAGCCGGGUCGCUGAUUUUGUUUUCCUUCGAGUGGUUACAGCUGGUGUGGGGCGAGGCCGUACCCCUCUCCUACGUGACGGCGAUAUUUGAUACCGAGGAGCGGUCUGCCAACGUGUACGCGAACCCUAUUCUGCUAUGCAAGAAAAAAGCUGUGUACUAAUUGUAACAACUCUACUGUCAGUAUACGCAAAACAACUACAUGCGACAGAGUUUACAUUUUAUACGCUAGAAGCCAGGUAUGGAGUUGUCCUCUUCCAUGUGUCGUCGUCUCUUCACGGAUUAGCUGUGCAUGACAGGCUUUGUCUGUCAUGCAGAACAGAUUUGUCAUGCUGUCAGCACACCAUCAAGACAGCUACUGUACCACAGUUUUUUUCAUCCUCGAUAUCUGCAAGAUGGCUACCAGUGGCACAUCGGUUGCUUUGAUUACACCCUGACCGAGCCCUAUCCCACGAAAAAACUGUUUCACUGUGAUGCAUGGAAUGGAACACACAGCUAUUUGUCUUGCUGCACAUGCAAUCCAUUGGAUUUUCGAGGGUGUUUUCCCUUGGGAAGUGCGCAUGGCAAAUGUUCUGUGCCAUGUGUAACAAACUUGUGUUGCAGAUCUUGCAAAAUCAUCACAGUGAAACAGUUUUUUCCUGCGAUAAGCCCGAUCGGGCCCGACCGUGGGACCGAAUGGUCUGGGCGCGACUCCUCUGCCUGCUGCUGGCGACUCUGUUCGGUUUUACGCUCGUCGCCUUCCAGUAUGUUAUGUAAAAACGUUCCCGUUCCGCUCCCAGAGUCCUCAAGAUGGGGACUACUUUGCUACAGAAAGCAGCAAAGUUUGGCUGUUGCGCAUGAAAAAUAAAAAUUUAAGCUGGUGGCGUCGUAUUAAGUCCUGCUUAGCUAAUGGCAUGAGAAACACUUUGAGUAGAUGCGGUUUUGCAUGACAAGUUGUGGGCGGGGACGUUUUUACUGAGGAUAUCCAGGGCGUGAUCUUCUGUGCGAACUAUCGCGAAGAGACACUGAUGAAACGGUUCGCCGCGGAAAGGGAGCAAAGCAAGGCUACGAGCGCCGAUGCAACGAGUAAGGACCCGACGGAGGUGGAGGACGAGGGGCGAUCCGAAAGAACUACGGAUCAUGAAGUAGAACAAACUGCUGUCGCCAGGAGAGCAUCAACUGAACCAAUCGACUGGAGCGGAGACGUAACCGAGGGGCGGAUCACUCAGGAGAUGAGCACGGCCACCGAAACGACACAAAACCUGUACCGUUGUCGGGAGUUUCAACUGCGCGUAUCCCGGCUGUCUUUUGCGGCCGAAGUUUUUUUCAUGUACUGUGUCUUUUUCCUGCCCCUGCUCGCAGCCUACCACAACUUCAGCACGUAUUGAGAGGAAAAAUCCCGCCUCCCCAUACCGAAAAGGUAUAUUUUUGAACAUUUGUGAUGCUGGUUUGUGUUCACAAAUCGCGUCUGUCUUGCAAGAAGGCAACUCCGCAGGCUCCGCCGCAUUGUGCAGGCGGUUUGUCAUGCUGUUGGGCCUACAGCGCGGGCGUUUUUCAUGCUAAGCGGCUAAGCCAAAACCCUUGCGCUCGCACUUGGUAUGGGCCUGCAGUGCUCUCCAGCAAGACAGCGCGGAUUUGUGUGCACAAAUCCAGCAUCAGAGAUUUCGUUUUACAUGAUACCUUCAUGACGUUUACCGGGUAUCCAAAAUUCCUUCAUGACGUUUACCGGGUACGCGGUUCACAGUUUGUACUGGAUUUCGUUAAAGGGACGCCCUGCCCUUAGCCUUCCAAAAUCAGAGAUUUCGUUUUGAUAUGGGGAGGGGGGAUUUUUCCUUUCGAUAGCACCCGGCCCUUCAACUCGCACAGUGUGUUCGAGCCCAAGAAAAGCAGGCGCAACUGGAUCAUACAGGGCAUUGCGAAGCGGUACCACGAUCUGGUCGCCGGGCGCGAAACGGCGGACUGGGACCUGGAUGUGCAGCCGCGAGGAAAAGAAGAAUUAUACACCCAAACCGCAGACACGGCAGGGCACUUCAGCAUCUGGGAUGAAGUCCCGUUCCCCGAUAUCCGAUAAGGAAAAAUCCCCCCUCGUCCCCAUAGUACCAGAAAGGCACACUUGUAUGAAAGUUGCGAUGCUGAUUUGUGUGGUUACAAAUCGUGUCUGUCUUGCGAAAGAGCAGAGCUGCCCGAGUUUUCGCCGCAGUAUGAAUGUAGGGGGUUUGUGAUGCUCUAUAGAGUUAGACAUACAGGUUUCAGUUUUGAUAUGGGGAGUGGCGGCUUUUUCUUCUUGAUGCCCGAGCUUUUUCUAUGAAAUGCAAAAGUAUCGUAUUCGUAUAAAGGCAAGUCUUGCAUUACAAAUCUUUUUAUUAAGGCAAAUCCGCAAUACAAAUUUUAUUUCUCUUGCUGAGGAAAUUUGUAAUGCAUUUAUACGAGUACGAGACUUUUGCAAUUCAUAUUUUCGAGUCUACGACAAGUCGUCCGCCGAAUUUGGGAGUCUGCAGGCCAUAUCAAACGCAAAUUUGUGUGGGUCUGGAACAAUGCAACGUUUGUCAUGCACAUCUUGCACGGACCCAUUGUGUCUGUGAUGCAUGCCCUAGCAUCACAGAUUUUUUGAGUUUGCCUUGAUGCUCAUUCCGCAUGACAAACGCCCUCUUUGCGCAGCAAAAACUAAACUCCUCUAGCUGCUAAUGCAAGGCAAAAUUUUUUAGAAUCCAAAGUCAGCAUCACAAGUUGUACGCUUCCAGACCCAAACGUAUUUUCGAUGCAUAGGCCAAGGCUUUGAACAAACUGCAGCUGAACAGCCAAACCAUGAUAUCAAAAGGAAAAAUCCCCCUUGCCCAUAUCAAGCCGAGGUUUCUGAUGCUAGAUUUGCGUACACAAAUGGACUCUGUCUUGCAGUAGAAGACUGCAGGUAGAUUCUCAGCUUGUUGGGAUGAACCGUGAAGGUCUAGCUGUUUAGCACGGGAAAGGCCUGCCCUGCAGGCCAGACAGGGUGACAAAUUUCCUCCAUAAUGCGGCGCAGACCUAUGCAUUUGCCUUCUUGCAAGACAAAAAUGAUUUGUGAUCACAAAUCUGCAUCACAAAUUUUCAGAAGGAUGCUGCUUUUUCAAUAUGGGUUGGGGGGAUUUUCCCUCACAAUACAGGAAGAGCAUCACUCUGUCUUUUGAUCUGGGCCGCCGGAAGCUCUACCCGCGGGUUUCCUCCUUCUACAAGGGGAAAAGUCAAGUUGUCAACCGCUAUGAAAUGCAAAUAUGUCUGGGUCUGGAAGGAUGGAAUUUGUGAUGCGUCCGGUGGAUCACACAAAAAUGUGUCUUGCGUGAUCAACAAAAGACGCCCCUUUCUGACCACCAUGAGAGGAAGUUUCUCGUGCAGAACAGGCAUGAUAGAGACCUCGCAGACUCUGUCAUGCUAUGUCCUGCAUUCCAGACCUCAUGCGGUAUGGAAAUUCUGCAUGACAAGUUUGUUUGCACUCUCGCAGACAUAUUUGCACUUGAUAACCGCUACUCGGGUAGUUACAAGGCCAUGCCAAGUGAUGAUCUCCAAAAUGAAAUCAAACCAUCGGAACUAGAAGAAGACACAGCAGCUUCCUCGAAUUAUGCGGCAGCAGAAGUAGAAGCGGGUGGAGAAGCUGAAUAUCAAAUGUAAAAAUGUCUGGGUCUGGAAGGUUACCAGGUUUGUCAUGCAUAUUUUGCAUGACUCAGGAUGUCUGUAAUGCAUGACCUAGCAUCACAUAUUUCUAGAGACGUUCCUGAUGCCUAUCCCGCAUGACAAAUGCCCUCCCCGCGUAGCACAAACUGGGCGCCUGCUCUUGCUGGUCAUGCAAUACAGAUUUUUUUAGAAUCCAAAGUUAGCAUCACAAGUUGCAUUCUUCCAGACCCAGACAUUUUUACAUUUGAUACUGAAGCAGGGAGAGCAAGUGAAGAGCACUUCAUUCCCAUCCUCAAAUUAGCACUAUCAGAAUGAAAAAUCCCCCCUCCCCAUAUCAAAUCGAAGUUUCUGAUGCUGGAUUUGCGUACACAAAUCGGAUUUGUCUUGCUGGCGAGGACUGGAGGCCCAUAUUAAGCCUGAGGAGACGGGUUUUGGCCUUGGCGCGUUGCACGAAAGAUAUCUAGGCUGUAGGUGCAACAGCAUGACAGCCCGCCUGUAGAAUGCAGCGGAGCCUGUGGAGCUGCCUUCAUGCAACACAGAGACGAUUUGGGGUCACAAAUCAGCAACGCAAAUUUUCAAAAACGUGACUUGUCAGUAUGGGGAGGGGGGAUUUUUCGUUUUGAUAAACACGGGAGCUCGACCAGGCAGAGGAGGCGGCGUCGAAUACUGCAAGAGCAAGACAAGCUAGUACCAGUGCGAGGACGAGAAAUACCGGGCUACCCGAUAGAAUAGAACACGAAGAUAGAAUCAAUGUUGCAGAAAGAACUACAACUACAAGCUCCGAUAAUUUUGCCGCACCAGCGCAAGAAGCACGCCAUGGAGGGGAAGAAAUAGAAAACAUCAACCAAGAUGAAGAGGUAUGCACAGCAAAAGUAUCGUACUCGUAUAAAUGCAUUACAAAUUCCCUCGGCAUGAGGAAGAAAAUUUGUCAUGCGGAUUUACCUUAAGAAAAAUAUUUGUAAUGCAUGAUUGCGAUUACUACGAGUACGAUACUUUUGCACAGGAUAAGAGGCGGCUGCAACCUCGGGAGGUGCUGGUCGUGCAGAACUUGAAACUAUGCACGCGGACCAUAGCAGUACGAACAAAUCUCCCGAAAUCAGGGCCAGUCGAAAGGGGCAAUCGUGGAGGUGAUUGGUUUAUUCGAUUGGCACGUUUGGAAUAAAUUGUCGAGCUUCAUCUAUGGCAUUUCUACUUCUGCAUCCGAAUUACAAGCUGCAAACGGUUCCCGUAGUUGAACUAUCGCAAACGCUACGGAGGACAUCACAUGAGCACUACACCAGAGAUGAAAAAAGGUAAUAAAGAAACAAGUGCUACAUGAUUGCUACUGUCAAAGUCCGCUGCCCGCGAGGACGAUUUAGUAUGACUUUCGUGCAGAAAAUGCAAGAAAAUUCCUCCUCGCGGAUUUCAUUUUUUCAAGAUCAAUGAGCCCCCUAAUCUCGACAAAUUGGGCCCGAAGGGAUAGGAAAGAUCAACAGCGCAACCGCAAUUACUUAUGCGAGUGGAGCACAUUAGACAAGCAAGUAAAUUUGUUGUGCAGGAGCUGCGAAAGCGCGUAUUGAAGGUUAAGAGCUUCCGGCAACAAGAAGUAUUUUAGUCGAGGCCACGAAGAUGCAACUAUGUUCCCAGAAAAGAAACCGAGACGUGAAGGUCUCGACGCGGUCACAGAAACCAGAAAUAAUUCGAAGUGAGACGUUCAUCCUUCGGUCGUCAUGCGGCAGUGGUAUUAACGAUCUAAUCGAUUACAUCGAACAAGAGAUGCACCAGGGGGCUAGUUGUUC